AUGCUCUGAUUGGACUGAAUGACACAUCCUAUUAUUCUGCCUGGGCUAUGCAUGAUUGUGUGAAAGUCAACGGAAACCAAGUUUAUUGGCAUAUUGCAAAUCAUCCAGUACCUUUCUAUGUGGGUCUAGCAAUCCUCUACUUUGCAUACAGAAGAAAAGCACCAAUUUACUUGAUAGACUUUACCUGCUACCGUCCACCUAGUUCUCAUAGGCUACCUAUUGCCAUGUUUGAAGAGAAUAGUGUUUUAGAUGAUUUAGAUCCAGAGUCUGUUGCUUUCCAGUGCAAGAUCAUAGCGAAAUCUGGAUUCAGUGAGGAAACAGCCAUUACUCCAUCUUUAGCACAGAUACCAAAAGUAAAAUCUCUUGCCUUAGCCCUUGAUGAGGUCGAAACCAUAAUGUGUUCAGCAAUCUCAGACCUGUUUUGGAGAAACAACAUCAACCCGAAAUCCAUCGACAUACUAAUCACCAACAGUUGUGUGUUCUGUCCUACACCAUCUCUUAGUGCCAUGGUGGUUAACAAGUUCAAGAUGAGGAGCAACAUCAUGAGCUUCAACCUAUCAGGUAUGGGGUGUAGCGCCGGAAUCAUAUCGGUCAGUCUGGCUAAGGACUUGUUGAGGGUUCAUAGGGGCUCAUUAGCUCUAAUUGUGAGCUCAGAGACCCUUAAUCUGAAUUGGUACACAGGUAAAGUACACUCCAUGUUGCUGACUAAUUGUCUCUUCAGAAUGGGUGGUGCUGCUAUAUUGAUGUCUAGCAAGGUUAAUGAUAAACAUAAAGCAAAGUAUGAACUACAACAUAUUGUUAGAACGAUCAAUGCUAAAGAUGAUCAAGCUCAUAGAUGUGUCUACCAGGAUGUGGAUCCAGAAAACAAAGAAGGUAUUGCGAUAUCAAAGGAUGUUGUCCAUGUGGCCGGAGAUACAUUGAAGAAGAACAUAGCUUCACUAGGGCCAUUAGUUUUGCCAUUGAGAGAGCAAUUCCUAUAUGUAAUUUCUAUUAUAUGCUGCAAGGUGUUGUAUGGAAGAAGAUCAGGCAUCUAUACUCCAAAUUUCAAUCUCGCCUUCGAGCAUUUCUGCAUACACUCCGGGGGAAGAUCUGUCAUAAAUGCCAUUGAGAGAAGCUUGAGGUUAAGGAAACAGGACGUGGAAGCAUCCAACAUGACCCUUUACAGGUUUGGAAACACGUCGUCUUCUUCGAUUUGGUAUGAGCUUAGCUACACAGAAGCGAAAGGGAGGAUGAAACGUGGCGAUAGGGUGUGGCAAAUCGCCAUUGGAAGCGGAUUCAAGUGUAGCAGCGCGGUGUGGAAAUGUUUACAGGACGUGACCCCGGACAAUGGCAGUGCUUGGAGGGAUACAAUUAACAUGUACCCUGUACAAGUAACUGAUAUGAAAAUAAGCUGAAGCUGCUAAUCACUAUUGUGGAGUUUUAGUUCCUUGUACACAUUUUGUGUUUUGCUGCUUUCAACUUUCAAGCUCCAACUUCUUUAUUCCUUUUCAAUGAUCUUUAAUUUUUAAACGAAUAAGGUGUAAUAUCUGCAAAAUUCUUAUCAAAUAGCACUAGCUAGGACUUCAGUGAAGAAACAAAUCAAGUGAUAGAUUUCAAAAGGGAUCAAGCAUAUAAUGAUGUAAGAGAGUACAAUUUUAUUUAUUAAGUCCCGCAUUUAACCUCUUCUUUACUUCUGUCACUGUGUUAUAAAAAUUCAUCCAUUUAUUCUCAUAA